CGCCACAUAGAGAAACGCAUAAACAAAACAAACAGCGGUGUGUGGCAAAAGGGUAAAAAAAUACACAAGAAAACUCGUCGAACAUCAGAAAAUUGCAAUCAAACAUAAAAGAAAAAUUUCUUUUAGUUGCUUUUCUAAGUAGAAAAAUCAAAUAAAAAACAUUUUCUGCAUGCGGUGAAGAAAUAGAGGACGCCCGUAUGCUCUUACGCAUUAUUGGCCGCUACUGCGUCGGGCGAAAGAGUUUUUUCGUGUAGUUGUGAGUAUGUGUGAAAAAGGGGAGGGAAUUGAUUUGGUAAAUUGGGACUGCAAGGAAAGUAGAAACUAUCGUCGUCGCCGACAGAUUUCGAGGAAUAUUACCUAGAAGGGGAUAUGCAGCCCCGGCACGAGUUCAUAUGAAACUAUUAUUUGAAGAAAAAAUAUUUAAAAAAAAAAAAAAAAAUUAAUGCAACUGCUAUAAUUGAAAUCAAGUGGACUAGAAAGCAAAAACAAAUAAAUAAAUAAAAGUGUAAUUGCGCUGAAAAAGUGCGAACGAUUGCGAAUCCAAGGUAAAGGGGUGGUGGCAACACACGGUAGCAUCAAAAGCGCUGACCAUACUGAAAAUUGUUGAGCUUAAAUAAAAAAAAAACGAAAAAAGACGGGUGAGGUCAAGUAGGCUGAUUUGGCUGGUCGCUCGUACGGUCGUUUAAAACGCAGUCAAGCAGUCUGCCGCAUACAUGAGUGCGAAGGGUGAGGCUGCAUCCAGUAAAAUCUACGAACACAACAGCGGACAGUCAAAUUCUAUGCAACAUAACAAAGCAAAAGCGGACAAAAAAGAAAGCGGGCCAUUGGCCAGUGAUUGUUAGCUCUAUAUCCUGUUUGUGCUAUGCAGUUAUGGUGAAAGUGCUUAUAUCGCUGCGCAAGAUAUUAGACGAUUCUGAGUACGCGGAAGGAAAAUAAUUAUCCUGUAAUCCAAUAUGGGUGUGCCGGAUAUUUGUAGAACAUAACUAAAAAUUAUUUGCGCAGCAGCAGCACAACCUGCGAAUUUCUUAAUGCAUUAUAAAUAAUCGAGCUGGGCAGAAGUGGUACCGAAGAAAGUAUAAGGGAAGUAUAAACCGGCAGGCUACUCUUGCCCAACCCCCCACUUCAAAAUACGUCGUAAAUACACACAUAUACAAGCUUACACACAAAAGCACAUCGAUUUCAAAACUUUGUGCUCUGAAUGCGAUUGAUUCAAGUCCUGCGCUUUGCGUCUAGCUACGCAAUUCUAUACGGCGCAUCGAACAGAAGAAUUUCAAAAGCCUGCACCAUUUAAAUUGCCAAUGCCGAAUAACGUCAUAAAGAGCAGCAGCGCUAGCGCCAGCAGUACAAGUAAUGGGCGCAGCAGCAGUAGCAAUAACAGUAGCAGCAGUAGUAGUGCCAAUACGAAUCCAGCAAAGUCAAUUAGUAGCCAUAAAAAUGAGACAAAAGCGUCAUCUGCAUCGUCAACGUCGUCGACUAUCUUAGCUUCAGCCAACACACUGCCAGACAAAAGCGAUAUAAUUAAGCAGUCCAACAACAACGAACGUAUUGCUUCACAUCGGCGUGAUGGUUCCUGUCUUACCGGAAUACAGCGACAACCGUUUCGUAAGCUUCAUUAUGAAAGUCCGCAGAUUCAGUUUCGUGAUGCGACAUCAGCAUCGGAUGCCGGCAAUGUGGUGCUGAAUGAUGGACGAAGUGAUUUGUUGGUGUAUACCGAGGAUGGGCAUUUGGUUUCGGCUAGUUUAGAAGCGCUCAUCACACAUAUGGUGCCUACCAGCGAUUACUAUCCGGAACAGAAUUUUAUAUUCGCUUUUUUGCUCAGCGCGCGUCUAUUUGUGCGGCCGCAUGAAUUACUUGCGCAGAUUUCUCAAACAUGGGAACGCCAACAGCAAAAACAGCAGCAGGAGCAACAGCAAAAUCAGCCACAUGGGGUAGAUGUUGUCGACGAGGCACAUUUCAGUCACUUGGCUGUAGCAGCAUCAGCGUCGCCAUUAAUGCAACGCAAAAUUGCUAAUAAUGCUGCUAUAUUGCUGCCAGCAGUUGGUCAUAAUGAAGUGAAUGUGAUUGUCGAUGGCCAUCUAAAACAGCGUACCGCCAUACAGUUAAGCGCACAAAAUUGUAUACGUUUGCUUGCCGAGUGGAUUGAGACUUUUCCGUAUGAUUUUCGAGAUGAACGCCUGAUGCAGCAAGUACGCAUUUUGGCGCGCAAAUGUGUCUAUAUUGAUAAUGCGCUCGGUAGAAGGGUGUCACGAAUUUUACAGUUGUUAGUGCAUCGCCUCACAGUGCUAGAGCAAUACGAGGCGACAUUGCAAGCGAUGGCAGCUACAGAUCUCACUACAGGCAGCAAUCACCAACAACUACCGCACUACAAUACAUCGGCAGCGGCGUCCGCCACUGCUGCCAAUCAAAGCAGUACGCACAACUCAUUGGUGGGUUGUGUAAAAAGUCACACGCUUCAUACCAGCAGCAUCGCAGACACAAACAAACAAACAACCACGAACAAUUCAAAUUCACUGGGCUCUGGUGCGGUGGCAGCUGUAGCAGCGACCAUAGAUGGUAAUAACACACAUGAAGUGCAUGGAAUCAUGGAUAUCUGUCCGAGUUGUGCACAGUUGGCGCAUCAGCUGACAGCCAUCGAACUCGAGCGACUCUCGCACAUUGGCCCGGAGGAAUUUGUACAAGCUUUCGCCAAGGAAUAUCAACAUACCAUUGAUGGCAAGUCGACAGCGGCUACUUCAACGAAUGCUGCUAAGAACUCGACGAACAUUGACUCUACAACGUUGAAUGAUAUGAAAAAAACACGCAAUUUGGAAUCGUACGUGGAGUGGUUUAACCGGCUGAGCUACCUGACUGCAACAGAGAUUGUAAAGUACCCGAAGAAGAAGCAGCGUGUACGUAUUAUCGAAUUCUGGAUUGAGACGGCGCGGGAGUGCUUCAACAUAGGCAACUUUAACAGUUUGAUGGCGAUUAUAGCUGGUUUGAAUUUAGCGCCAAUAUCGAGGCUUAAGAAAACGUGGUCAAAAGUGCAAUCUGCAAAAUUCUCUGUGCUGGAACAUCAAAUGGAUCCUACAUCGAAUUUCAAUAGUUAUCGCUCAACACUUAAAGCCGCCAUGUGGCGUUCCGAAGGCGCUACCGAAGAACGUGAACGCAUAAUCAUUCCAUUUUUUAGUUUAUUCGUUAAGGAUUUAUAUUUUUUAAACGAAGGCUGUUCGAAUCGUUUGCCAAACAAUCAUAUCAAUUUUGAAAAAUGUUCACAACUCGCCAAACAGGUGAUGGAGUUCAAUGAAUGGAAGAAGGUCACUUGUCCAUUUGAGCAGCUGCCAAAUGUGAUUGCAUAUCUGCAGACUAGCAGUGUUUUGAAUGAGAACACACUUUCGAUGGCGUCAUUCGAGUGUGAACCGCCCGAAAAUACAGAGGAGAAAGGUCGUUACAAAACGGUUAAAGCCGAAACGAAACAACAAUUAUUACAUCAAUUGCAAGAGCAACAACAUCAACAACAACCAUAGUUUUUUGAAGCUGUGUCGUAGCAAAGAGAAAUAGGAUAUUAUUUUUUAGAGAAUAUGUAUGUCUGUACUAAAGGGGUAUAUGCGGCGCAAACUCUUGUAUUUGACAUCAUGGAUCGAAUACUCGGAACAACUUUGAACUAUUUUUAUGUUUUUGCGAUUGCAAAUGGUGGAAAAAAUGCAUUACUACAACAACAAAAGUUACUUGCGCUGCAAUAUGAAUAUUACUCAAUCAUUUAUUUUUGUUUCUAGCAUUUGUUGCAGAACGCUUGCCAUUUUUUGAUACCUACUUUGAUAUUUUCGAAACGUUUUUAACGUAUUCUAAGUCUAGUUACAUAUACUUUUAGCAAAUAAGAUGGAAAUAGCGAAAGCAACAACAAACAAACCACAAACAAAUAGUAACGUAGUAAAGUAAAAUUAAAAAUAAUUUGAGCACAAUUUUGUUGGCUUCAAAAGUCAACGGGAUUUAUAGCGGACUACUUAACAACUUGACGACGCAACAACAUUCUUGGGUUGCCAGUAAUUGUACUUAAUGCAUUUAGUAAUUUAUCGUAUACAUAACAAACAAACAAAAAAUUUAAGAGCAUCUCAAAUAACAUUAAAUCAGCAACAAAAAAAAAACGAAAAAAAUCAUUACAAAUUUCUAUAUUAUAAGAACUUAUUUUUAUUGUUUUAUGUUUUAUUUUAUUUUUACUUAAUUUAAUUUUUCGUUAAAUUUUUUACUCUUAAGUGACAGCCUUUGUGUUUAACUUGAAAAGGAUUUAAUGUACAACCCUGCGUGUUUCUGUAAUUUAACAUGUACUCUAUAUGUUUAAAAAAAAUAUUUAAAAAAUCACUCUAUGUAAGUUGUAAUUGUACUAUAUACAUACAAACACACUUGCACAUGCAUUGGUAGCAUACAUAUGUACAUGCAACAAAAAUGUAUGCACACAGUUAUAUAAUGCAUUUGAUAUUUAUGAGGAUAUUGCGUGUUUCUAUUGCUAAGUUGACAGUAUUUAUAUUUACAUCUACAUUUACUAUUAUAUAGUUGAAAUAUGGCGAUGGGAGAUCAAAGAAAGUUUACGAAACAAAAACAAAAAGAAACAAAAAAAUAUUGUAACUCAUUGGUUAUCUAUUGUAUUAAAAAAAGUGCUCAUUAUAAAAGCAUGCAAAAUGCAGUAUUUACGUUCAUAAACAUUUUCUUUAUAUACUCGUGAAAAACCAUUACAAAACCCUUACAUUUACACCCCAUUCAAUAUCAGUAAGGAAAAACCAAACAAUCUAAAAUUUUUGAAAUUCUGAAAAUAA